UUCUGUGAUCCACAUUGACCUGUCAAAUGGAUUUUCGCUUCGCACCACGCCCAUACCCACACUGCAGGGCACGCAGUAACGCCCAAAAACCAGGUCACGUCGCCACUAACGAUGUGACAAGCAUGCUAUAAAAAGGGCCCUCCUUAUGUUCCACAGAGUUAUAUAUAAUUCCGGCCAAUGCUUCUGUGACCGUGGUUUUGCAGGAAGUGGAAGGGUGAAUUAUAUGAAGUCAAAUUUGGUGACCCUGGUCCCGCUCGCCUGUCACUGAAUCAGGUCUGAACACGUUAUGAGCGUAUCCUUGAAUCUUCGAGAUUUUGACGUCUGUGACUUCGAAUUUCGUCGACCUGAGGAUGCACCUCCUGGCGCCCGUCCAUCAUGGUAACCUCUCAGAACGAUGGCUUGUCGCAGCGGUAUGGAUGUGGCCAGUAUAUGCUUGCAGGGUGUUCCCACACUAUCCCCAUGUGCUUUUUGUUUGGGUAUUGGUGUCUGGUCAGCUGGAUAUAUCUACUGACUUCAGGUCUCGUUGCUUUUCACAGCGCGGUAUCCCACUUCUCAGAUUCGACUCGUAAACACCCUAGAAACCAACUACACAGCAUGAACGCGCCUCGCAUCUUGGAGGAAUGAAGUAAAUAUAUGGUAUUGAUAUAAUCAUAUGGCAUAUGUGAAGACUAUUCGAGCAUGUAUGAUUGUAUCUUAGUAGAUACAUGAUACAACCUUACUGCUUGCGCACCCACAGAUGAACAAAAUGACAAAAUCCUAU